GUCAGCUCCGCCUCUCGACUACAAGGUUCUGGCGCCCUUGUGGGGGCGGGUCGUUUCCUCGUACAGCCUGGAGAAGCCCGGGAACCGCUCGCUCCUCGCACGCAGCGAACGUGUGGCCUUCAUCACGCACCUGGCGGACUCGGUACGCGCCCAGCGCCUCGGCUUCAUGGACGACAAGACCCUGCUCGCGCGGCCCCUCCAGCCCGCCUACAGCUUCCUCUACGUGCGCAGGAACUUGCCGAUGCGCGACAUCGCGAACGUGGAGUACCUCUGGAUGAAGUCGGUCGGUGUGAUCGGAAAGCAAAGAAGCAUCGGAAUGGAGUACUCGAGGGCGGCGUGGGAGGGCCCCUUCGGCUACACGGGCCUCUUCUUCCGCGAGGAGCCGGGCCCUCGCGUGCUGCAGCUGAGCGACCUGUGGGGGUACUUCCUGCUGCUGGCGCUGGGGCUCUGCCUGGCGGUCGCUGCCUUCGUCGUGGAGCGGCUCCUGCUGGCGACGGCGCGCCGCAGAGGGCGGCGGCUGCCGGUGGUCGAGGAGCAGCAGCUGCCUGCCCGCCGCACGCGCCCUUCGCCGCAGCAGGCCUCGCCGGAAGCUCGCCCGUGGGCGUUGGUAGCCCUGUCGGCGGAAUCCCUGCAGCAGCCUCCGCAUCCUUUCUUAGCAUUAGGAGAUGAAUCCAACAAAUCAGAUAUAAUUAAAAUUGGCCCAAGACGUUCUUGA